CACGACAACAGCCAGUGCAGCAGAGAGGAACCCAGUGUCCGGCAGUCCUGAUCCCCACGGAGCCAGCGUCCUGCCCAUCCUGCAGCCCUGCAUCAGCCUGGCUGCUUCCCUCCUGAACCAUGGGCCCAGGGGCUCUGCUGGUCCUGCUGGUGGCUUGGCAUGGUCGGGCGGUCCCAGUGAUAGAACCCAGUGGCCCUGAGCUGGUUGUGGAGCCGGGCACCACGGUGACCCUGAGAUGUGUGGGCAAUCGCCGUGUGGAGUGGGAUGGCCCCAUCUCACCCCACUGGACCCUGGUUUCUGAGGCCCCCAGGAGCAUCCUGACCACGACCAACGCCACCUUCCAAAACACGGGGACCUACCGCUGCACUGAGUCUGGAGACACACUGGGGGACAAUGCCACCAUCCACCUCUACGUGAAAGACCCUGCUCGCCCCUGGAACUUGCUGGCCCAGAAGGUGGUGGUGUUUGAGGGUCAGGAUGCACUGCUGCCCUGCCUGCUCACCGAUCCGGCGCUGGAGGCAGGGGCCUCAUUGGUGCGGGUGCGUGACCGGCCCGUUUCACGCCACACCAGCUACUCCUUCUCACCCUGGUAUGGCUUCACCAUCCACAAGGCCAGGUUCCUCGACAGCCACGACUACCAAUGCAAAGCCCUGGUGGGCAGGAGGCUGCAGUUGUCACUCAGCAUCCAGCUCGAAGUGCAGAAAGUCAUCCCAGGGCCCCCGGACUUGACGCUGCAGCCUGCGGAGCUGGUGCGGAUUCGCGGGGAGGCUGCCCAGAUUGUGUGCUCAGCCAGUAAUGUUGACGUCUUCUUUGACUGUUUCCUCUACCACGGAGACACCAAGCUCACAGUCCCUAAUUCAACUGACUUCCAAGAUGACCAUUACCAAAAAGUCCUGACCCUUGUCCUUGAUCACGUGGACUUCCAAGAUGCAGGCAACUACUCCUGUGUGGCCUCCAACGUCCGGGGCGUCAGCUCCACCUCCGUGGUCCUCCUGGUGGUGGAGAGAGCCUACCUGAACUUGACCUCUGAGCAGAACCUCCUCCAGGAGGUGACUGUGGGUGAGAAGGUCAACCUCCAAGUCAAGGUGGAGGCCUACCCAGCCCUGCAAGAUGCUAACUGGACCUACCUGGGCCCCUUCUCAGAAACCCAGCCCAAGCUCAAUUUUGUCACCACCAAGGGCACGUACAGGCACACCUCCACCCUCUCGCUGCCCCGCCUGAAGCCCUCUGAGGCCGGCCGCUACUCCUUCCUGGCCAGGAACGCCAGAGGCUGGAGCAGCCUGACCUUCGAGCUCACCCUUCAGUACCCCCCUGAGGUCAGGGUCACCUGGACCCUCAUCAACGGCUCCGACGCCCUGCUCUGUGACGUCUCCGGGUACCCCCAGCCCAACGUGACGUGGCUGCAGUGCAGGGGCCACACUGAUAGGUGCGAUGGAGCCCAGGAGGUGAUCCUGGAGGACCCGCACCCCAUGGUUCUGAGUCAUGAGCCCUUCCACAAGAUGACCGUCCGGAGCCUGCUGGCUCCUGGAGCCCUGGAACACAACAGGACCUAUGAAUGCAGGGCCCACAACCGAGUGGGCAACGGCUCCCAUGCCUUCUGGCCCAUCUCCGUAGGAGCCAGCACGCAGCCCCCUGAGGAGGCCCUCUUCACCCCCGUGCUGGUCGCCUGCCUGUCCGUCAUGGCCUUGCUGCUCCUGCUGCUCCUGCUGCUCCUGUACAAGUACAGGCAGAAACCCAAGUACCAGGUGCGCUGGAAGAUCAUCGAGAGCUACGAGGGCAACAGCUACACCUUCAUUGACCCCACACAGCUGCCCUACAAUGAGAAGUGGGAGUUUCCCCGAAACAACCUGCAGUUUGGUAAGACCCUGGGAGCCGGUGCCUUUGGGAAGGUGGUAGAGGCCACGGCCUUUGGUCUGGGCAAGGAAGAUGCUGUCCUGAAGGUGGCUGUGAAGAUGCUGAAAUCCACAGCUCAUGCUGAUGAGAAGGAGGCCCUGAUGUCUGAACUGAAGAUCAUGAGUCACCUGGGCCAGCACGAGAAUAUCGUCAACCUUCUGGGAGCCUGCACCCACGGAGGCCCUGUCCUGGUCAUCACUGAAUACUGUUGCCACGGCGACCUGCUCAACUUUCUGCGCCGCAAGGCUGAGGCCAUGCUGGGGCCCAGCCUGGGUCCCGACCAAGACACCAAUGGGGGCACUGGCUACAAGAACAUCCACCUGGAGAAGAAAUAUGUUCGCAGGGACAGCGGCUUCUCCAGCCAGGGUGUGGACACCUAUGUGGAGAUGAGGCCAGUCUCUACUUCUUCUUCAAAUGACUCUUUCUCUGAGCAAGAUCUGGACAAGGAGGAUGGGCAGGCACUGGAGCUUGGAGACCUGCUCCGCUUCUGCAGUCAAGUGGCCCAGGGCAUGGCCUUCCUCGCUUCCAAGAAUUGCAUCCACCGGGAUGUGGCGGCCCGAAACGUGCUGUUGGCCAGUGGGUGUGUGGCCAAGAUUGGGGACUUUGGGCUGGCUAGGGACAUCAUGAAUGACUCCAACUACAUCGUCAAGGGCAAUGCCCGCCUGCCUGUGAAGUGGAUGGCUCCAGAGAGCAUCUUUGACUGCGUCUACACAAUUCAGAGUGACGUCUGGUCCUACGGCAUCCUCCUCUGGGAGAUCUUCUCACUCGGGCUGAACCCCUACCCUGGAAUCCUGGUGAACAACAAGUUCUAUAAACUGGUGAAGGACGGAUACCAAAUGGGUCAGCCUGCAUUUGCACCAAAAAACAUAUACGGUAUCAUGCAGGCCUGCUGGGACCUGGAACCUACCCACAGACCCACCUUCCAGCAGAUCUGCUCCCUCCUUCAGGAGCAGACCAAAGUGGACAGGAAAGAGCAGGACUACGCCAAUCUGCCAAGCAGCAGCAGUGAGCCAGAGGAGGAGAGCUCCAGUGAACACCUGGCCUGCUGUGAGCAAGGGGAUAGUUCCCAGCCCCUGCUGCAGCCCAACAACUACCAGUUCUGCUAAGGAGGUGAUGACAGGGAAGCACUGCCUCUCCCCUAUUCCAAGCUUCAACUCCUCCAUGGAUGGGGCAACAUGGGGAGAACAUACAAACUCUGCCCUUGGUUAUUUUACUCAACAGCCUGGCCCAGUUCUGAAACUCAGGAAUGUCAGGGACCCAUGGAGGUCAGAGAGGACCCUACUUCUGGAGUCCGGCUGGGCCUUCACUGCCAGUCAGGGGCUGGGGGCUGAGUCCCCCACCCCACCCUGUUCUCAAUGCCGUUGGCCUCAGGUUCACUACGCCAACUGGCAGAACCCCUUGCUCAAUCUCUUAACCUUGUUCCCACUUCCAGGAACCCCCUUCUUUAACCCCCUUGUGUCUCAAUGGAAAUGGACUGGUUUUGUGUCCAAGUCCUCAGGAGCUGUCCUAGUACGGAGGAAUCAAGGCCCCUUGGGGCUAGACAGACUGGCAGAGUAGAGGGAUCCCCCUCCCUGACUAGGCGGAGCGGCAGGUGUGGGACUGGUACUGAGGCUGCACCGGGCUCAGGCCCCCUGGAACAGGGUAGCCCUUUGUGAGAAUCUAACAGCACCUCCUGGUCUCUGCCCUGUGGCCUUCUUCAAAUGCCACCCCCACCCUGCCAGGGAUCUGGUACUGCUGUAAUGAGCCAAGUGGCAGCUAAAAGUUAGAGGUGUUCUGCCUAGUCAUUCUGGGCUGGAGGGCAGUCUUGGGGACCCUGGCGUGUGGCUGGCCACACCAAGCAAGAAGCACGCACUCCCCCAAGUUGACUCAUCGUAACUAACAGUCACACUGCGGGAUGUCUCUGUCAAUAUUAAACUAACAGCAUUAACACAG